UGCACGUACGGGCGCGCUUCCGCGUCUCACCACAACACCCGGCGCUUUCAAAACAGCGCCGUGUCCCUUUAAAAGACCAAAAAAAGAAAAGCGCCCAUAUGAUCCCCGAGCUCCAAUCAAAAAACCAAUUCAUCCUGCAAAAAAAAAAAAAGAAAAGCCAAGCAGCCUCGGUAAUUUUGUGUUCUGUCUGUCUGCCUCGCUUGCUACAGGGAGCACGGAGGAGGCAAAGGGAAGAAAGAACCGGACCAAAAUGUGACACAUCCACGUUUUAUUUAGGGGGGUUCAUGGCGGUGUUGAAACUGGCGCAAAAGGAGUUAUUGCCGGACUCCUUGGAGCCUCUGGCCGCUGCUGGAUCAAAAUGCUUAUAGUGGAGAAGACCACCGACUUUCCCUCUGCUGAGUUCUCUCUCGUAGAGGAUGUCGCCCUUCACUUCACUUGCUUGAUGGACCGCCUGAAUGAGCAGCGCCUCUUCCAGCCUGACCUCUGCGACGUAGAUAUUGUGCUCGUGCACCAUCACAGCACCUUCCCGGCCCACAAGGGUGUUCUGGCCGCCUAUAGCCCCUUUUUCCACUCACUGUUCGCACGUAGUAAGCAGCUGCGUCGCGUGGACCUGUCGCUGGACGCUCUGACGUCUCAGGGCCUGCAGCAGGUUCUCAACUUCAUUUACACAUCCAAGCUUUUAGUGAGCAGUCGUACGGUCAGCGACGUGCUCAACGCGGCCACGUUGCUGCAGAUGAGCGACAUCGCCGCUUCGUGUCGACAGCUCAUCAGCAGCCGGUCUCUGAGAAGCGCCGACAUGAACGACCGGGACGGAUGCGGGAAUGCAUCGGGGAAGCUUUACAAGGAAAUCAAACAAGAGUGCGAUGAGGACUCCAAGAUAUCUGAUCCUCACGCAACUUUCAACAAAGAUCAAAUCAUCGUGGAAGUCAACCUCAACAACCAAACACUGAAUGUGUCCAAGGGCUCUGAAGGAAACAAAGAGGCAAAAGUGAUUUGCGGAUGUGUCGGUAGUGAGUCGGAAGAUGACGAAGCUGAGAAUGACCUGGAAAAAGAAACGGACAAGUUAGAGCAGAGCACUGAUGAAGAGGAGGAGAAUGUCCUCGACGUUCCAACAGUUGAAUCGGAAUCAGGGCGUCCUCGCAGGGCCCUCGCUGUGUCUGUGACGCUCGCCCGUCAGCGUUCAGGGGACGGCGAGGGCGUUGGCUCCAAGGCGAGGCUGGAGGAGAAGCAGCAGUUCUCGUGCAAGAAGUGCCCGCGUGUCUUCAACAACCACUGGUACCUAGAAAAGCACACGAGCGCUGCACACAGCCGCUCGCACGCUUGCACCAGCUGCAGCAAGAAGUUCCUCCUGGAGAGUGAGUUACUGCUACACCAGCAGACCAACUGCGAAAAAAGCAUCCAGUGCGGGGUGUGCAGCAAGGUCUUCAAGAAGCUGUGGUCUCUGCACGAGCACAACAAGGUGGUCCACGGCUACGCUGAAAAAAGGUUCUCCUGCGAGAUCUGUGACAAGAGAUUUUACACCAUGGCGCAUGUCCGCAAGCACAUGGUCGCACAUACAAAGGACAUGCCAUUCACCUGCGAGACAUGCGGGAAGUCAUUCAAGCGCAGUAUGUCUUUGAAGGUGCACUCUUUGCAGCAUUCCGGAGAGAAGCCCUUCAAGUGUGAGAACUGCAACGAACGUUUCCAGUACAAAUACCAGCUACGCUCGCACAUGAGCAUCCACAUUGGACACAAACAGUUUAUGUGCCAGUGGUGCGGCAAGGACUUCAACAUGAAGCAGUACUUUGAUGAACACAUGAAAACACACACUGGAGAGAAGCCGUAUAUCUGUGAGAUCUGUGGGAAGAGCUUCACGAGCCGGCCCAACAUGAAGCGCCACCGCCGCACCCAUACGGGGGAGAAGCCAUACCCGUGCGAGGUGUGCGGUCAGCGUUUCCGCUUUUCCAAUAUGCUCAAGGCACACCGAGAAAAGUGCUUCCGGGUCAGCCAGCCGACGGACAACCCGUUCGACUCGUCCGGCGCAAUGCAGCCAGAGCGGACACCAGAGCAGCAGCCAGAACAGAUGCCGUCUGGCACCUCGCAGCCAUCCAUGCUUCCCCCUCCUCCAACACAAAUACCGCCUCUUCCACCUCCUUCCUUCUUCUCCGGCAAUAGGAUGAAUUCUGACGUCUGAAUCAUCAGAACUCAAGGUUACUUUUUCAUUUAUUUUUGUUCCUCUGGAGCUUUUGCGCCUCAGCUACACUGCCACUGAAUGGAGAUAAGUAAUCUGAUUUGUUUUUUGUUUUUUUUACAAUUACAUUUGAUGUGCUGGUUGCAUUCGGGGACCAGCAACAUUUUCUUUCUCGAGCUUUGCACAGCGCAGCGAUUGUAGCAUCUCUGGCAACAAUAAGCAAGAAAAGUUGGAUUUUGCCAGGCGGAAGUUCCAGUGCAACGCAGCAAUAAUAACCAAAAGGUGACCUGAUUUUCAGAAUAUAGCCCACUCACAAAAAAAUAGGAAUGUCGGGCUUUUGGGUAAUAUUUUAAGAUGAAACUAAAAUGCACAAAUGUGCCAAUUUGCGUUUAGUUGCAAAAAGUACAAUAUGUUCUUUUAAAAGUUUAAAGGUCACAUGUAAGCAUUUUAGGUCAAUUCUAAAAUUUCACCUGAAAUCCCAAUGUAACCCAACUUUUUGUGAAUAAUGUACAUGAGUGUAUUUGUGUAACACACAAUAACCAAAUCUCAUUUGCUCGCGUGCUAUAUUGCUAAAUCACGUAAAAACUUUAUAAUCUUUCAGGCACCUUACAUUUAUUGACGUAAACGAAAUGUACUCUUUCCAUUAUUAGACCUGUUUGUAUGUUUAUGUGCAUAAUGGUUAAGUCAGUACUUGGGAUGACAACAUUUUCUUGAGUUUUGAAAGACGGGGUGGGUAAAACCUGGUCUUUCAUUAAUCCGUCCCACUGAGUUUGGUUUAAUUUAUUUAAUUGAAUAUUUCGGUAACUAUUAUUUGAGUUGUUGCAAAUAGUAAACUUGGUAAAAGCAUUACUAAUAAAUAAAAAUAAUUAUAUUUUUUCAUCUAACAUUGCCGUGGCACUCUAGCAAUGUUAAAAAUAAAACCUGUACAGUGGUAUGAAAUCGAAUUUCUCACAUUUCUGCAUGAAAUCACCAACACAUGUAAUCUGAUCGUUGACAAAAUCACACAGAUGAAAAAACUGUCUGCUUUAACUAAAACCACCCAAACUUUUAUAGGUUUUCAUAUUUUAAUGAGGCUAGCAUGGAAACAAUGACAGGAGAUGGAAAAAUAAGUAAGUGAACCCUCUGCCUAAAGAGACUUAAGAGCAAUUGAAAACAAUUUUUACCAAACAGUUUAAGUCAGGUGUGUGCCCAAUCACUGAUGAGUGGUUUAAAGCUGCUCUGCCCACUAUAAAACACACACCUGGUAAGAAUUGUCUUGAUGAGAAGCAUUGUCUGAUGUGCAUCAUGGCUCGGUCAAAAGAGCUGUCUGAAGACCUGCGAUCAAGGAUUGUUGAUUUGUAUAAAGCUGGUAAAGGAUACAAAACCAUCUCUAAAAGUCUGGAUGUCAGAGAGGUUGUCUACAAAUGGAGAGAGUUAGGCACUGUUGCUUCUCUCCCAAGGAGUGGCCGUCCACAAAACGCCAAGAGUUCAGCGCAGAAUACUCAGAGAGGUAAAAAAAGAACCCUAUAGUGUCUGCUAAAGACACUUCUGUCAUUGUUUGCAUGCUAUCCUCAUUAAAAUAUGAAAACCUAUAAAUGUUUGGGUGAUUUUAGUUAAAGCAGACCGUUUUUUCAGAUCAGAUCACAUUUGAUGGUGAUUUUAUGCAGAAAUGUGAGAAAUUUUAAAAGGUUUAGAUACAUUUCAUUCCCCUGUAGCACAAAAUCUUACAAACUCAGUUUUGUUACAGUGCAAAAAUUCCUCUGAAUGUUCUGAAUUCCUGUUUCCAUGCCAGAGCUGUACUGAGCAGACGAAUGUUCCCUGCAGGAUUUGCCUAUGUUGUUAUGAAUCCCAUUUUUCAUUUUUUGCUUGUCUUUUUAAGACCACUGGUUGAGUGAAUUAACAGUAAUGUGUUCCAUUUUGUCUCACAAUUAAUGAACAAUCAAUUCCGUCUAUGGUAAAUUUUUAGUUGAGGCCAAUUAUUGCAAUAUUUGCACUUUUGACAAUUUUUUUUGUCACAAAAAUGCACGAAGGUGAUGCCCUGGUAAGUAAAGGCAACUCUGAACACAUUAAAGGGAAAGUUCAGAAUUUUUGACACGAGGCUGAAUCUUCGAGUUAGUGGGAGUUUAUUUCGUCGGGGUUCCGUGCCGUUUGUUAGUUAUUUGUAAGUUUCAGGGCUCCGGAGUGGCUAAGCUAGCGCGAGUCAAUGGUCCUGUCUUAGCAUGCCAAUAAAAAACAACAUAUGCACGCAUGAAAAUCACCGAUAACCCAUGCAAUCAAUACUGUUGGCUAUGUUUUCAGGAUAAAGUCAUUAAAACCUACUAUUGCAUGUCAAUAACUGCAGUAUGAACAGCAACAUUUGCAUUCAGCAGCUCUGCAGGGAACGGGCUGCCUCGGUGUGUUUAUGACAUAUCCAGCAGCAAGUAACCAGUUGAUAUUGUUAUUUGUUCUCCCUAGGGAAUUUGUGGAAACUUUCAUUUGCCCAUUUCUUCUUUCAGUUUCCACAGCCUCUAAAUGCACAUUUGUUGCCGUUCUUCAGUCAAGACUCAGCAGACUGAUGCUGCAUUUGAGGAAGGUGGGAAGGCGAGUUUUCCAAACUUCGACUCGGAAAAAUAUCAUUGGAACUCGAGAUGUCCGAUCACGCUAUUUUCAAAGUAUCGGAAUCGGCAAAAAAAUAUCGGCCAUGCCUUUUUUUAAUAUAUAUAU